AUGCCGUUCUUCACUUUCGAGGACGCCAAGACCUCUUUCAACCUCUUCUGCUGCAUGUACGGCAUCGGCACUUUGGGUAUGCCAGGUAACUUCUCGCGCGCCGGCCCCGUGCUCGCCGUCAUUGCCAUGGUCUUCAUGGCCUUCGCAAACAUCUACUCGUCCGUCAAGAUGUCACAAGUCAUUCUGCUCGCCCCCAAGUCAGUCAAGACUUUCGGAGACUUGGGCGAGUGGAGCAUGGGGAAGUUGGGACGCUGGCUCUGUGUCGUCUCUCAGAUGGGAUCAUGUCUUCUUCUUCCAUGCGUCUUUCUGGUGCUUGGUGGCUCCCUCCUUGACGGCUUGUUUCCGGACGCCUUUAGCGCCACUGUGUGGAUCAUCCUCAUGGCUCUCACGGUGUUGCCUGUAUGCCUUAUCCCGACGCUCAAGGAAGGAGCUGGCGCCGCCUUUGCUGGCUGUAUGGGCACCAUUCUCGCCGACGUGAUCGGCGUGGCUGUCGUCAUGUAUGGCAUGCGCGGCCACCCUACUGUGCCCUCUCCUGAUCUAAAAAUCUCGCAAGUUCUAGGCUGCUUCGGCAAUUUAGCACUGGCCUAUGGAGCUGGUAUUGUCCUUCCAGAUCUUCAACGUCAACACAGUGACCCCACACGCAUGCCCCGUGUUGUGCUGGUGACGGUGAGCUUCAUCUCAUGCCUGUUCAUGAUUCUAGCUUCUACAGCGUACUCGGCUGUGGGCUGCCAGAUUUCGGGAAAUCUGCUAUUCACCAUCUAUCCAGAUUCGACCACCGGAAUGACCUCGUUGGGGUUUAAGCCGAGCUGGGGCGCCGUGGUGCUGGCCUACUUGUUCAUGCAGCUACACAUCACGAUCGCAUUCUCUGUGAUAAUCAACCCGGCGUUUUAUAUCGCCGAGCGUUUGGCUUUGGGUAUGCACAAGAAGGUAACUAUGGAUAUGGAAGUCGGUCGUAGUUACGUCGAGUCCAUAACGCCAGCAAUUGUCCAAACGGAGUCUCGCCGCAGCUCAAAGAUGUCCUAUGUUUCCGUGGCCGACAGCGAGCGUGAAUUUAAGGAGGACCCAGAGGCGGAGGUGGCAGAGUAUCGUGGUGGAAAGAACAUCGUUAAGUAUAUCGCGCUACGAGUCGUCAUUAUUGUCAUUUUGGUGGUACUUUCGAUCAUUUUCCAAGACCACUUCUCGGACUUCGCCGAUUUCGUGGGGGCGUCGUGCAUUACGAUGAACUGCAUUCUGCUCCCAAUCGUGUUUUACCUUAUGAAGGCCUGGAGAUCCAUUCCUCUUUACGAAAGGGCUGCUGCUCUAAUUGUAACCGUGGUGUGCUUCAUUCUAGGGUGCUACGUGACGUACUCAACUGGCAAGAGUCUGUUUACCCCGACUGACGAUGACACUGAGUUCCCCUACUGCGGUUCGGAGUAUGAAAACCAGAUUUACUACAAUUACACGGCUGAACACGAGUCUUAG